UUUGAGCGGGGGUGUCGGGAGCAGGCGGAGAGCUUUCCUGGGAGGCUGGGGAAGCAGUGAACACUUCUCAGCGACUCGCCUCCUAGCAGUGCUAUUUUUUGCCAUCCGCCCUCACCCCCCAGCACAUGCGCUCGCACACGCACGCACACACACACAUACACACACACACACACACGCACACACGCACACAGACCUCUCUGGAUGUCUUUGCCUUGAAUCUCCCGGGGCUGUAACGAGCCAGGCACAUUUCAAACCAAGCUGACAGCCCUAAGCUCGGGAGCCAUGCCCUGCACGGACUCUCGUCACUACCGAGCUCCUGAGGAAUGAAAGGAACCCGGGGACUCUCAGAAGGCAGCAGUGAUGUGGACCAACCCCCUGGAGCCUGCACCCUUCAGAGGGCCGUAGGUGAUUCGGGGAACUGGAGAGAUCUCCAGACAGGAAAGCCUAGAUUCUCCAAAGUCUCUGUGGAUGCCGACAAAAAGAGACAGGAAUAUUUGGAAGAGCGUGCUCUAGGUUAACCAGCUGCAGAGCGAUUUUCCCUCUGGCACUGAGUCUCCCCCUUCAACCCCCAGCGUCCAGAGUACCAUGAAGAAUUAUGAGGAUGUGUGACAGAGGUAUCCAGAUGUUGAUCACCACUGUGGGAGCCUUCGCAGCUUUUAGUUUAAUGACCAUUGCAGUGGGCACGGACUACUGGUUAUAUUCCAGAGGUGUGUGCAGGACUAAAUCUACAAGUGAUAAUGAAACCAGCAGGAAGAAUGAAGAAGUAAUGACCCAUUCGGGGCUGUGGAGGACCUGCUGCCUAGAAGGGGCUUUCCGGGGUGUGUGCAAGAAAAUCGAUCACUUUCCUGAAGACGCAGAUUAUGAACAGGAUACGGCCGAGUAUCUGCUGCGGGCUGUCAGGGCCUCCAGCGUCUUUCCCAUCCUCAGCGUCACGCUGCUGUUCUUCGGCGGGCUCUGUGUAGCAGCCAGCGAGUUCCACCGCAGCAGACACAAUGUCAUCCUCAGUGCGGGCAUCUUUUUUGUCUCUGCAGGGUUAAGCAACAUCAUUGGCAUCAUAGUUUAUAUCUCGGCCAAUGCUGGAGACCCAGGGCAGCGCGACUCCAAAAAAAGUUACUCCUACGGCUGGUCCUUUUACUUCGGGGCCUUCUCCUUCAUCAUCGCGGAAAUCGUGGGCGUGGUGGCCGUGCACAUCUACAUUGAAAAGCAUCAACAGUUACGUGCCAAAUCCCACUCGGAGCUCCUCAAGAAAUCCUCCUUCGCCCGCCUCCCGCCCUACAGGUACAGAUUCCGGCGGCGGUCGAGCUCACGGUCCACAGAGCCCCGAUCCCGAGACCUGUCUCCCAUCAGCAAAGGGUUCCACACCAUCCCUUCCACCGACAUCUCCAUGUUCACCCUCUCGCGGGACCCCUCCAAGAUCACCAUGGGGACCCUCCUCAACUCCGACCGGGACCACGCUUUUCUACAGUUCCACAACUCGACGCCCAAAGAAUACAAAGAGUCGCUGCAUAAUAAUCCCAACCGGCGCACCACGCCCGUCUGAACUGACCUCUGACCUCUGCCCCGCGCCUGCCCUGUGCAGUCUGGGGAGCCCCUCCGCAGAGAUGUCGCCGAGGUUGCAUGGCAUGGUCCUCGUGAUGGUAUUACUUUAUUUUUGCCAAGAAUGAAACCAAAUGGACUCAGUCCUUGCCCAUGUGGUCCUCUGACCCUCCCAAGUCCCGCUCCCUCCACGCCUCCUAGACCAAGCCCUUAACAUCCACCUUCUCCCUGUGUAUCUGUGCCAAGCGUUUUUCCUCUCUUCCUUCUGGUCCAGAAGGAGCUCCACAUUCUUCCCUCCUUGGAAGAAGACUGUACUCCAAGUCGUGGGUGGUGGUGGUGGGGGGUGCUGAUGGUGGUGGGAGUAGGCAGUUCUGAAUUCCCAUCAGGUGCGUGCAUAGCUGUCCCCACCAUCCCCUCCCACAAAUCCUCAGGAAACCAACCUCCCAGGAGGCCCUGAGGGAGGCAGUCACCUUUCUGUGUUAGUAAAAAAGAAAAAGAAAAAAAAAAAUGACCAGAAAUCAAAGCUGUCAGAGCCCCAAAGCAGCUAAUGUAAUCAGCACUUAUGUUAUUAAAGGUUUUGCCUUGUCGUAA